UAGUAGCACCUGCGACCAUGGAGCGAGGGCAACAGUCUUCUGUGCUGAUAUCAGGGAGGUGGUGAUGGGAGGAGGAAUGGAAGUAUACGGAGCUCUCUCACAGCCUGGGACUUGAGAUUAUGAGGCUCCCGCUGGUGUACAGCCCUCGAUCGAAGCCAUGAUUGAUAAUGUCCACUAAUCGCACUGUCAUAUCCACUUAUUGUACUUACCACGUCGUCCGCACGCGUCGGGAGCGCCUGUUGCAGUGCACGAAUAGCAUCACCGCGACUGCUCUGGGUAUGACAGCCGUCGAGUCGUUCACAGCCCGUCUCGCUCAUGUGCUGUGCUCUCGCAGCUUGCGGAUCAACCCAAACUGUUCCCAAUUCAUAGAACUCAGCAAUGCUGUCUUCGUCCUCCCGUGCACGUCGCCCAGACCACGUACGUCCACUACGAACACUCACGGGUCACACUGACACAGUCCGAUGUGUCGCCUUCUUUCCUGACAACCGUCGCCUCGUCAGCUCUUCCUGGGACAACACCAUUCGUAUCUGGGACCUCGAGACAGGUCUACAGACAAGAGGCCCGCUAGUGGGCCACACAGACGUCGUCCGCUCAGUCGCCGUCUCCCCAAACGGUGAUCGAAUAGCUAGCGCUUCCGAGGAUCACACCCUGCGGGUUUGGGACGUUGCAACAGGCGAACUUCUGUAUGACCCAGUAGAAGGGCACGCAUCCGGUCUCUGGUGUGUCACCUUCUCACCCGACGGCCGGCGGAUAGCUACGACGGGUGACAAUACGAUACGCAUAUGGGAUGCAAGUACUGGCAGCUUAGUUGCCGGUCCUUUCAGAUCACACAACGGCAAUCUAUAUUCGCUCACGUACGCCCCUGAUGGACUCGAAAUUGCCAGCGUUGCCAAUGACAAAACUGUUCGUGUAUGUGAUUCAGACAUUGGCCAGAUGCUUGUCGGCCCCAUGGAAGGCCACGAGAGUGAUGUGAGGUGCGUCGUAUACACGCCGGACGGUCAGUCCCUUGUUACGGCCUCCGACGACGGUACGAUUCGCGUCUGGAACGUCAUCACGGGAGAACAAAUAGGGGAGCCGAUCAAGUCCCACGCAGCCAUCAUCACUUCCAUUGCAAUCUCCCCAGACGGCACCUUCCUUGCUACUGCAGGGCCAAGCACUGUCAUGCAAGUCUGGAACCUCUCUACGAGACAGGGAGCUAGCCCCAUUCUCCGCCACGCCAACGAUGUCUCCUGCGUCGCUUUCUCCUUGGAUGGACGAUACCUUGCAGGGGGAUGUUGUGAUUUCAGAAUAUGGUUGUGGGACGCCAGCCUACUGUGGCGCAAUCAACCAACCACCCAACCUGCACGACAGAUUCCAACGACCCCGCCGAUUCCGAGCACACCAUUUCUCCCUCAAGUAAGUUGAGUUCGUCGAAGAAACAGUGUUGUAGGGUUCUCAUC